AGGAUAAUUCACGAUAAUGGUUUCUCAGCAGACGAAGCGGAACAGAAAAUCUCUGUCGUCAGUGCGAAUACUGUACAAUCGAUUGGUGCGCUAAUAGAUGGAAUGAAAUUACUGAAUAUUCCAUUUGCCUCGAAACAGAUCCUGGACAAAAAAGAAGAAUUUCAGCCGAUGUCUGAAGAAAUGUACAAGGCGAUCAAGACUUUAUGGAACGACAAAGGGGUGGAGGCCGCUUAUGAACGGAGGGACGAGUUUUACCUACACGAUUCUGCUAAAUACUUUCUCGACUCGUUGGAUAGGAUCUAUGACAAAAACUUCGUGCCAACAGAACAAGAUAUUCUACGAACGCGGGUAGCUACAAUGGGUGUGAUUGAAGUUUGCUUUACUAUGAAAAACAAGCUCUGGAGGGUUUUUGAUGUCGGUGGCCAGAGAUCUCAAAGAAAGAAAUGGAUUCACUGCUUUGAUGACGCAAAAGCUGUAAUUUACGUGGCAUCCCUGAGUGAGUACGAUCAGGUGCUGCUCGAGGACGAUACAACGAAUCGAAUGCAGGAAUCACUUCAGUUGUUUCGACAAGUAAUCAACAACAAGUAUUUUGUGAACACGUCGGUCAUUCUUUUUCUAAAUAAGAAAGAUCUUUUUGAGAAGAAAAUCGGACAUGGAAAAUCAUUACGGAUAGCCUUUCCAAACUACAAAGCUUCUAAAUAUAUUGAGGCACAAUUCAAUGCUGCAAAUGAAAAUCAUGAAAAAUCUAUCUACACUCAUCUCACCUGCGCUACAGACACAGAACAGGUGCAAUUCGUUCUUGAUAGUGUACUGGAUACGAUUUUAUCAUCGAAACUCAAAGGUUGUGGUCUUUAUUAG